UAAAUACUCUAGGUUAGAUUACUUAUCUUAAAGCUUGGCAGUGAGGCUGAAUCGGUUCAGUUGGUCUGGUUCGGCUGUUUUUUACCCACUAGUGCUCUUCAAGUAUCGGGUCCUUCAAGGACAACAACAAGAAAACUGCUGCUGGAGAAGCUUCCUCAGGACGGAGAGACACCUACUUAAUCUUAGUUAUUAGCUAGCUGCAUUUUUAAACAGUUAAAGUUGGUUUCAAAAUAAGCAAUUAGGCACAUUAGCUCUGAACAACACAGCUAGCGAAUCAGCUGAUCUCAUAUCCAGCCACUUUAACCCAUUUUCCUUUUCACCCAGACAAGCUAAACCUAGCUAAGCUAAUCAUGCUGCUGCGGAAAGUCUCCCAGAGUCCGGCGCUGUGUGGCGCAGUCCUCCGCCUGCCCCAGUUCGUGCCCGGAACAUCGCGUCAAGCAGGAGUUGUAGCUGUGCAGAAUGUACGACUCUACGUUAGCCAGACAGCCGAGGCUGUUAUUGACAAACAUGAGGUGGGCACUGGUGCUGCUACCAAGGCUGGAAAGGCAGACAAGGCGGCUGCUAGUGUGGAGUCCCAGUCCUUUGCAGUAAACAUGUUUAAGGGGCAGAUCAGCACCACGCAAGUCUUCCCCUUCCCCUCAGUGUUGAAUGAGGACCAGUCUACUUUUCUUAGGGAGCUGGUGGGACCGGUUUCCAAAUUCUUUGAAGAGGUCAAUGAUCCUGCUAAGAAUGAUACUCUGGAGAAGGUGGAGGACCACACCUUGGAGGGGCUGAAGGAGCUGGGGGCCUUUGGUCUGCAGGUUUCUACUGAGCUGGGCGGCGUUGGUCUGAACAACACACAGUAUGCCAGGCUGGUGGAGAUUGUGGGAAUGCAUGACCUGGGUGUGGGGAUCACUCUCGGUGCUCACCAGUCCAUUGGCUUUAAGGGCAUUCUCCUCUUUGGCAACAAACAGCAGAAAGAGAAAUACCUGCCCAAGCUCGCCUCAGGUGAAACAGUAGCAGCUUUCUGUCUGACUGAGCCGGCUAGUGGCUCAGACGCAGCAUCUAUCAGAACCACAGCAGUGCCAUCCUCCUGUGGAAAGUACUACACCAUGAAUGGAAGCAAAAUUUGGAUCAGUAACGCAGGCCUGGCUGAGAUCUUCACUGUGUUUGCUAAGACUCCAGUGAAAGAUGAGAAAACCGGAGAAGUGAAGGACAAGAUCACAGCUUUCAUUGUUGAGAGGAGCUUUGGUGGAGUCACACACGGCCCUCCUGAGAAGAAGAUGGGUAUUAAGGCCUCAAACACUGCAGAACUGUAUUUUGAGAAUGUGCGGGUGCCAGCUGAAAAUGUCCUCGGGGAGGUCGGAGGCGGAUUUAAGGUGGCCAUGAAUAUUCUCAACAACGGACGCUUUGGCAUGGCUGCAGCGCUCUCAGGAACCAUGAAGGGAGUCAUCGCUAAAGCGGUUGAUCAUGCUGCCAACAGGACCCAGUUUGGCAACAAGAUUCACAACUAUGGAGUCAUUCAGGAGAAGAUGGCCAGAAUGGCCAUGUUGCAGUAUGUUACAGAGUCCAUGGCCUAUAUGGUGAGCGGUAAUAUGGACAGUGGAGCAACAGAUUUCCAGAUUGAGGCAGCCAUCAGUAAAAUCUUUGCUUCUGAAGCCGCAUGGUUGGUGACGGAUGAGUGCAUACAGAUUAUGGGCGGAAUGGGCUUUAUGAAGGAUGCCGGGGUUGAGAGAGUCCUGCGAGAUCUGAGAAUCUUCCGUAUCUUUGAGGGCACCAACGACAUCCUGCGACUCUUUGUGGCUCUUAACGGCUUCCAGAAUGCAGGCAACCAGCUGAAGAGUCUACAGAAAGCUCUGAAGAAUCCACUGGGCAAUGCUGGCCUGCUGGCUGGGGAAAUCACCAAACGGGCCAAGAGGAAGGCAGGCCUGAGCACAGGCCUCUCUUUGCAGGGAUCCAUUCACCCUGAGCUUGCUCAUAGUGGAGACCUGACAGUUAAAGCUAUUGAACAGUUUGGAAUCGUAAUUGAGGAACUGCUUCUAAAGCAUGGCAAGAAAAUCAUUGAUGAACAGUUUGUGCUACACAGAGUGGCUGACUGUGCCAUUGAUUUGUAUGCUAUGGUUGUUGUUCUGUCCAGGGCCUCCAGAUCUCUGAGUCAGGGUCAUUCCUCAGCUCAGCAUGAGAAAAUGCUCUGUGAAACUUGGUGCAUAGAGGCUCAUGAUAGAAUCAUGCGGGACAUCAAGUUCCUGAAGUCAGGCUCCUCCAAACAGAUCUUCAAGAACCUGCGCGCCAUCUCCUCAGCUGUGGUGGAGAAUGGAACAGUGGUGGCCCCUCAUCCUCUGGGCAUGUAAAGACUAAACUAUCCGCUCCCUCUCAGAUGUUAGUCUAUUCCAUCCUCGAAUAUAAUAAUGUUCUUUUAGACCGCUACGACCAUCCAUAUUUCCUAUGAAUUUCCAGACUGAUCCGUGCUGCCGUAAUGAGUAAGUGGAAGGAGGAGUAACUCCACAGGAAGUGCAUUAAUGUUUCAGAAGUCAGGUUAAUAGAUUCGGUUGUACAGUUAAUGUCCUUUUUUUGAAGUGUCGGUAGUUGGAGUUAAAUGAUAGGUUUGAUAAGGAAAAAAAAAGUCUCAGAGCGAGGUACUAUAGAAUAUCAUUAAUGUAAAUGUCUUCUGUGGGUAGUUUUGGGGUCUCUUAACUGAUGGGAUUUGCUACUGACUUUUAUUCUAUUGUUUUUGUGUUGUACAGUUAAUACACAUUCACGCAGUGAUAACUUUCUUUUCUUUGCAAGAGUAAAGUGUAGCAAUAAGCUAAGAACUCCUAACUGAAAUUGCCCCUUUAUCCAUCCUAUUCUGAUACAGGAUUUUCCAAUCAUCAUUGUAUCACAUGUGUUUUAACCACAAUGUCAUUGUAUUAUUUUGCAAUGUUUUUUAAUUUCUAGUAUAUAUACUAUCCAAUAUAGCCUUAUAGAGACCAAAAUACAGAGAUUAGUUGUCUUAGUAUUCUGUAGCAAACUGAGUGAGAAAGUUAACUUGGUUCUAGAUUCACUUUGAUGCCUCCUCUUUUACGGAUAUUGGAGUUAUUGUACCACAAAAACACCAUAGUGUACAAAAUGGUUCCCAACACAACAGGAAACGUUUGGGUGUUUUUAUCGUAGGCUCGACAGGAAAUGUCGGAUACCCUCAGCUGCCAUACAUACAAAUACCAAAGUGCAAAUGCUCAUAGUUGAAAGUGCUCUGCACUUUGACUUCCUUCAAGACACUCUGAAUUCAGUUAUCAGUUAUGCAGGUGCAGGAACACUUAACAAAGACAUACGAUUUUUAUUUUUUUUGGUAGAUUUACUGAGUAUGCAUGUUUCUUUUUUGUUCCAGUCCUCGUUUAAACAAGCCUGUAAGCGCUCACAUCAUGGGUAGAUCAGUCAAGUGUCUGUCAGAAAUAAGCUUCUGUGCCAUAGCCUCUAGACACGCUCUUCGUGCUCAGCUUUACACUCUUCUAUCUUCUGUCACCGAGUUGCGAACUAUAUUUAUUACGUGGUAAUAAAUCAGUAGUAGAUAUCGUUGGCCAGUGCCUGAAUGUACAGAAUGCUGUUGAAUCUGGAGAAGGUUCCAUGAUUUAAGGACAUUUUACAGGGAAUCUUGAGGUGCACAAAUCUCGACCGUGUAAAGAAAUGAAAGGACUGUUCUAUAGGAUCUGUUUGACUGUGUACCAGAGUCUGUCUCAUCAAUGCAAGUAAAUAAACUAAAAUUACUGAAUGUUACUAAAA